AUGGACCGUCCACGGUUCCAGAGGCCCUCACUAGGCUUUCUGGCGCGAUACGCCAAUCGAGUACUUGCCGCUGAAAGGCUGCCUGUCGAACCAUUUAGCGAUGACGGUGCCGACUUUGUUCAUCGGCUAUCCGCAGGGACGAGUCUCGGCUAUCUGGUCCUCGCUUGCGCUACACGGCUAAAAUUACUCUCCCUUAAAUCUGUUCGGUCUCUCAAGAGCGCGCUUUCAAGUGGGAUAGACCAGAUGUCCGUUCUCUUCAUAGCGUCGGGAGUUGUGAGGGACAUAGGGAUUUCCCCGGAUAUAGCCGGGCUUUUGUUGCACAAUAAUCGAUCUCAAGAGUUGUAUGAUGCACUUAUUACUAUAGCAACCCUGACGGCUACCGCAAUGGUCAGAGGACUCGAGCAGGAGACUCUUACUCCAGUUCCAUUUUGCUCUGCUUGCAUUGAGGACGCUGGUUUUAGUGCUUUUGCAAAAACACACACUUUUGAUGACUUCACUUCGGUAAGCCUUGCACCUGGGGAUCUAUGUAGCUCCUACCUGUGUUCUAGAGCAGCAGGAAGAGCUAAGUCCGCAGCAUCUUAUUCUCAAAAUCCUCAUAGAUUGCAUUUUUCUUCCAUUCGCAACCAUGCAACGCUCAUACUAAUCAGCUGGAUGAACUAUCUUUAUACCAAACUCAAUAACCUAUCUAGAGCAGGACCACAGCAUUAUACUGGCUUUGACUUCGAUGGCAAUGAGCUCAGGGACCUCGGCAACUGCAUAUUCGGUAUGUAUAAACUAAUGAACAAUGAAGGUAACGUCCCAAUCAAUUUGGAGCCUUACCCUACUCUAAAGGAUUAUUUCCUGGCGACCAAGGGGAACAUCGAUAGCUUUUUUAGAGUGACAUUUUCGAAAAAGCACGACUAUGGUUUGCUCGACUUUUUAGUGUUCACUGCAUCCUUUAAGUGUCCGUUUCACGAUCUUUUGCUGGUCGAUGACGACAUAUUUCAUAAUCCCGAAGCUACCAUAAUAGUAUUCUCGGAGCUCUUCCACUUCUGUAACGACUUGGCAUACGUGGUUGGAGCAAGGGAUAUGACUAAGAAACUCAUCAGAACAAAGCGCAUAACGGUUUCACAAAAGGCAAAAAUGUAUGAGCCAAUAUUAUUCAAUCGAGACAGGGCGCUGUCUGCUAAAUCUUUGAGGUCACUGCGUGUUGCUGCUAAAGCAGAUACUGAUAAGAAGGCACGGGCAGCAGAACAGGCCAGGAGAGACGAGGAGGCGCGGGCAGCAGAACAGGCCAGGAGAGACGAGGAGGCGCGGGCAGCAGAACAGGCCAGGAGAGACGAGGAGGCACGGGCAGCAGAACAGGCCAGGAGAGACGAGGAGGCACGGGCAGCAGAACAGGCCAGGAGAGACGAGGAGGCACGGGCAGCAGAACAGGCCAGGAGAGACGAGGAGGCACGGGCAGCAGAACAGGCCAGGAGAGACGAGGAGGCGCGGGCAGCAGAACAGGCCAGGAGAGACGAGGAGGCACGGGCAGCAGAACAGGCCAGGAGAGACGAGGAGGCACGGGCAGCAGAACAGGCCAGGAGAGACGAGGAGGCACGGGCAGCAGAACAGGCCAGGAGAGACGAGGAGGCACGGGCAGCAGAACAGGCCAGGAGAGACGAGGAGGCGCGGGCAGCAGAACAGGCCAGGAGAGACGAGGAGGCGCGGGCAGCAGAACAGGUAAAUCUUGCUGUCAAUUGGUCUGAAUUCAAAAUGUUCUGCUCUAUUGUAACAGACCUACUACAAACCUUUCCAGCGUCUGCCCCCCUUCGAAAGAUAAUGUCCUCAUCUGAAAGAUUACAUAAUAAAGUAACAACAUCAGAAUUCCUAAAAUGUGAUGACAUUCCUGCUGGAUCUCUAACAGAAUUCUGCACCAACUUCAGAAACUGUAUCAUAGAGCUUCUGGACUCUUUUGACAGUCUCUUCAAGGAGCUCUAUUCCUCAUCUCCUCCUUCCGCGUACGUCUGCGCGUCUAAAGAUGCGUCACGGUGUAAGUAUCUUUGCACCUAUGAAGGCGAUUCCAGAUAUUUCAUCCACGUGGGGAUGAUGGUUCUUCUACACCAAUUGCUAUUCGUGUUAGGUGGCAUAUUUUGUUCUACGUGCAAUGUAGCAAGCCCAGACCUGAACUCAUUCAACGAUUUAGUGUCUCAGAAGUUGAAGCCUUACUUGAAGGAGCCCAAAGACAACUUUAUUGUCAUGGUAACUAGCUUGUGUGCGCUAGUUCAAAAAUAUCUUAUCCUAGUCUCAGGAUGUGACACUGACGUGAACGUUGAUGCAUUGAAAAAGACUUGCACUCUGUCUGGAGAGGCAACACAUGUGACACUACCUCCUGAUGUGUAUAAAGCUAAUGCCGUUAAUGUGCUGAUAGAUGGUAUACUUAGCUAUAGUCUGUGCUUGACAACGUCGCUAAUAGAUUCAUUUAACGACAUUAGCGAAGAUUUGUGGAGAUACCUUAACAGUGUAGUAGCAUAUCUAAACAUGUCGUAUGAAAUCGGCCCCGACUUUAAUCCAACCACGAACUUCAUGCUUUCCCCACGAGCUAUGCACUUAAAGCAUUUUGACAUACUAUAUCGCAACUACUCCAAGCGGAACAUUACCCUUGCCAUGAAGGCUCUUCGGGAUGCUUAUGUUUCCAAAACGGCAGCACUAAGACAGGCAGAGAAACUCCCUGACUUUGUGCUGUGGAGGAUACUAAAUGGGCUGAAAGUGGGAGAGCUGGACUUUAAUUCCGGCGACACCUCCACGUGCAUUCGAACCUAUUAUUGGGUGACAGUACUGGAAGGAGCCAUAGAGGAGAUAGACUUUCUUCUUGCAGACAUAAAAGGCACUGCAACAGGGGGAAUUGCAAUCACAUCGGGAGAUGACAGACUCGGGAAAACAAAGCUGGAUACAACGAUAACACAGGCCUCCGCACGCUGCCUCUUUGUUGCGCCGUUACAACGCACGACGUUCCAGCACGUGUGUGAUACUGUGACUGUCCUGUUCAAGAAGCUGUACCAAAUAAAUAAUAUCUCAAUCGAAAGAUCUCUUCUCAGCCAACUGCUGACAGUCCUUAUACACUACCAAGACUUUGGCUUGGCGAAGCUACUAGAAGGAGCAGACAUUCUUUUGCUAUCAAAGCUCAAUAUAACGGAUCCGAAGCAGCUUGUCGCCAUGCUCCGAGUAUUUGCAAAGCGCACACAGAGCAGCAUCCUUUUCUCCAAUCCCUUUUCUCCUCUAAACGUUCAUAGAAAUAAAGUCGACCUUGUCACCCUUCAGCCACCAGAUGGCCACACAGUCUAUCUGAAGCUUCCGCAGGACAGCAGCUCAGAUGAAUCUAACGGUGACGGUGUCGAUACUGCUAAGCUCAAAAGUGGGGCUGCUGACGAUGGACAAGACGCCUCAGCACAACAACCUUUCAAUGAGGCCUCAAGCAAUUAUCACAUUCAAGCACUGAAGCCCCUGAUGAACCGCUUUAAAGAGAUAGCCUUUUCAUACAACAAUGAACCCGACCUGCUGCAGCUGUUUGGAAGGGUAUUCACAAUAUUCUUUGGAAGCUUUCCACUAGAGUUCUCCAACGUUCUGCUAGAGAGCGCUGCCAUGCUGCACCUUUUGAUUGACCUGUACAAAAGUGGCCCCUACCCGGGGCUCUUCUUUAUACUCCUCCCCCUAACUCCGUACAUCGCGCUGGCUGACAAGGACCUUGUGUAUGAGCACCUGUGGGUGUACAUUAAUAAGGUAGACAUGGCCAUAAAGAGCUUUUUCACAGAACUGAUGAAAGCAGGGCAGGAGCAAGGAACUUCCAUAGAUAUUUCGUUGGACAGCGAGAAAAUCACAGGCCAGAUAAUUCGUCCUGUGGAAAUUGUUACUGUAUUUGCUGAGUCGUGCUCAGAUGAGCAGGAUUCUGAGAACAUAUGUCAAUAUCUGGCGAAGAACUCUGCUCUCUUUAAGACUAUUAUGGUUAGUAAGUGCACCAUUGUGUUAACUCUCGCACAUUCCUACAUCAUCCUCCUCAAGACAUUGUUGAGCAACGAAGUCACGAUUGCUGGUGUAGGAAGGACGGGAUGCCCUAUGAUCUUUGGGUUCUUGGCUACUCUGAUAGAGUAUGUGCAAACCCAGGGGAACAUUCAGUGCAUUGAAUUGUCAAUAGCAGCUAUCAAGAACAUGUGUACUGCUGCAGAGAAGGGGAUUCUGGAUACUCUACUAAAGGAAAAGGAGAACUGGAUUGCUGUCUGUAAAACGCUAGUGCAGAUAGCCUCCGAGCUGUCUAUCAAGGCAUAUGCUAUGGACGCGUUAGUUGAUAUACUAGUCAUUGGAGUGGCCAAGGCGCGUGUUCCUAAGACUACGCUCUCGUCACUUAAUGAAUCACGCCUGACUGCGGCCCAACGAGAGAAGAUUAGGUCCCUUUCUUGA